GCGCGCAAACGUCGCAGGCUGUCUCGUCCUCGCAGUGCAGCCCCGAUAACAUGCUGCAGCCUCCAUCGUCCGCUCGUUCGCAGCACAGCCCGGAUAAGACGCCGACGGAAGACGAAAUAGAGGUGCUCUGCCGAAACGUGAAGCAAUGCUUGAGUCAGGAGGGCCACGCAUGCGGCAGAGCGGCACGCAGGCUGAGCAGCGGCGGCGCUAGCAGCAGCAGCUGCAAGACGACAAGAAAGCGGCACAACGCAGAGGCUAGAAGCGAACAGGACGACGGGGCUGGCUCUAACACGACGUGCAGUAAAGCAUUCUCAGCUACGCUGCGGGCAAACGCCGGUGGUGUGAAGAGGCUAGACGUGGUAAAAGCUGUAAACGCUCGUCAAGUUAGUACGGAACACCUCUCGGCUACACCCCCUGUUGCGGUGACGACACUACCAAGCGUAGUGCCUCAUAAUAGUGAAGGAAAAUCACUGUUGACUAACUGGCAAGAGUUGAAUACUCAAAAGUUGGGCAGUUGCAGCGGUUCAUCAACAGUGAUGACUCAAGUGGAUAAGCACACUAUAGGGACAUUACCUAAAAUGACGCGGAGAGAAAAGACCCAUAGGACGUCUGUUCGAGUCAAUUCGCCAAGAACAGUGAGACCGGGUUACGCACCAAUGUUCAAGAGCAAAGAUACAGCAUCCAACCGGUCUACAGUUAAAGCAGCGCUGCAAGGCAGACCCACAGCUGAGGCAUUGCCACAAGGCAAACCUACAGCUGAGGCAGCGCUGCAAGGCAGACCUAUGGCUGAGGCAGCGCUGCAAGGCAGACCCACAGCUGAGGCAGCGCUGCAAGGCAGACCUAUGGCUGAGGCAGCGCUGCAAGGCAGACCUAUGGCCGAGGCAGCGCCGCAAAGCAAACCUAGAGCUGAGGCAGCACUGCAAGGCAGACCCAUGGCUGAGGUACCACUGCAUGGCAAGCCCACACACGAGGCACGACUGCGCGUUGCACCCGUUGUUACAAUACCUUUGCCCGUGCAUCCCAUCACUGCUGGACCGCUGCUUGCCUGGCCUGUAGCUGGAGAAACUGCUAUGAGCGUGCAAGGGGCGGGGGAGCCCAACGACAGCCUGGAGGCAUUCAUGACCGCAGAGAUGCUGAGUGAAGAUUCCAUCCUGACGGAGAAACAGCUGGAGGGUAACAUUAGCACACGCAGGGAGAAAAGCGCCCCGGCAAUAGGGAGUGCACGUACAGAUAUUGAUAUGACUGUGCAGGAGAACAACAUUCUAAAGUCUAUUGAGGGUCUUGACAACAGACUUGCAUAUAUUCAAAAGCAAUACAGUAGUGUACAAGAGAGUAACGUGAAAAAGGUGCCUGUUAUACCACACCCUCCGUCAUCACAUCGCCACAGCAACAGUCCAGCAAGACAACGUUAUGGAAACCCACGUCACAGGAGGAUAGUAUCGGGGCACUCAACAACUGCACAGCAGAAGCACCAGGCAACUUAACCAGAUGGCACAAAUUGAUUUUGUCUGCUAAUGCCAACAUUUGGAUCAAGGAUCAGUAUAAAACAUCUGUCACAAGAGCUAAGAAAAAAAGAUGCAAUAAGAUAAUUGUGUUGCAAACUACACGAGGGUGGUGCCAAGUCGACCAUCCUUCUUAUUAGUUUUUAGGUUGCUAAAAUGUCAGGGUCACUAGAAAUUGUUAGUGUCGGUCGGGUACCAGAACAUGCUUAUAGUUUCACUGGGCAGAGCCACUUUCAUAAAAAUGUAAUUGCAUUUCGGAUAUUUUUCUCUAAAUUAUAUUAUGUGCAUUCAAACAGUUCACAUUUUUGGUCAUCACAGGUGUUUUUUUACUAGGAUUCCUUAAGAACAAGCCGUUUUAGUAACAAGUAAACAUAUCAUUCAAAAGCCAGCUAUUUGUAUACAAACUAAAUAUUAAAUAAUCAAUUAUACCUUGUUAGACAUGACUUAAUUCUUUACCCUGGAAGAAAACAUGAGUAUUUGUAAAUAUUUUUUUAUAGUAACACCCUAGAAGUAUUGGUAAAGUAUAAUAGUAUAACAGCCAGGAUAUUUGUUAUAUAUGAACUUCCAAGUCUUGUAAAGUUGUUCUAUUUAAUUCAUCUUGGUAAUCAGAAUAAAUUUUAAUUCCA